AGUGAUCGCUCAACUCUUGCCAAUGGCAGCCUCCAUGCUUUUCGUCUUCUCCAUAUUCUCAGUCCUAUUAUUCAACGGAAUCACGGCAGAGCCACCGCUUCUGAACGACGGGUCUCCGGAGGUUGCAGAUUCGCCGAUAAGACACCAACUCCAACUUCGGUUGCUGGAGACCAAGGUUUACCUUCUAGAAUUAAGCAUUGAUGAGAAAAACCGUGAACUGAGGAAAAAGGAUGAAAAAAUUAGGCAGAUGGAGGAGAUUAUUCAAGGGAAAUCAAACAGCAAUGCAUUUUUCCAAAGUGAGACAGAGGCUGUCCAGGGAAGAGAAUUUUUAGAUGCUAUGCAAUUCACAGAUGAGUUACGUGAGAAGAAUCCUGAGGAGCUAGUGAAUCAGGUUAUUGAGGAAAUCAUAUUGCAGAAUAAGAAAAAAAAUGAACUGGAAGCCCAAGCAAGGGUAGCUGAGCAAAAACUCCAGGGAUUGAAAUUAAAAGUAAAAGAUAUCCAUGGAGGAUGGCUUUCAGUUCUACAUUCAGUUGCAGUUCAUAUAAGCCAUUUUCAGUCAUACAUAGUGACUUACUGGAAUGAGUGUGGGAGACCAGCCUUGGAUGUGGCAAUUGAAAAGGCAUUAGAAAUGAAAGCUCAGGUUAAUAUUUUGGCUCAGCUCAGCACUGAAACAAUCAAAUCUAAAUGGAUACCAGGUUUGAAGAAACAAUCUUUAGAAAUUGUAGCCUAUCUUGAUCCAAAUAUUCAAUUACUCACUGCAAAAACUGUUGAUAUCUACCAUUCGUCAAAGAGUUCUGUAGCACCAUUUGUUUUCAAGGCACAAGAAAUGGCAAAUCCUCACAUUCAGGUGCGCCAACAUGAGGUUUAGUUUACUGAAUUUAUAACAUUACUUCAUUCAAUAUCGGUCUUAUGGCAUUUCUAUGUUGUAACAGGUAGCUAAGAAGUUUACCGAGCCAUACAUAGCUCAGCUUAUGAUGGCGAUAGAUGAGGCUACAAUGGUGACAAGAACCCAUUUAGCUAACAUACACGUUACCUUGAAGCCAUAUACAAAGCAAGUACUCCACGCAUGCAGAAAAUUCAUCAAAUCUGCAACUUUUUACCAUCAUGAGGUCCAAGAAAUGCUCAAAAACAAUACGUUGACACAAUCACUUGCAACUAUCGAACUGGCAUGGCUUCUGGCCACUGCUUUACUGGCCCUGCCUGCAGUUCUUAUGUUUAAGUUGACUUCUGUUAUUUUCAG